CGAGAUGGUAAUCCACCUGAACAAGAGCAGCUGUUACGUAUGACUACCUAGCAGACACAGUUCUCGCUUUGUGCAGAGUACAUUGUGCUUUUCUAUAGCGUAGGUAAAAAUGUCACACACCGUACCCUCAGCAUCAGGGGGCUUCGUAUAUAGAGCAGAGCGCAUGUCACCAACCCGGACGCAGACGGCAACGCAGCCAGCUGUUGGCCCGGGCGCCUAUGAAAUUGUGAGAAGCAUCGACCCCAACCCGGCGCCUGUACCCUUCCAUACAUCAGCAGAAAGGGUCUUGGCUGCCAAUCCCACCACCUCCGCCGUCACGCCGGGCCCGGGAGCCUACAGCGCCUCUAACAGCGCUCCCGGCUCCCUCGGGGGACCCGCCUCGCCCUUCGUCAGUGGAGUACCACGGCUUCCCGUAGAACCGGAGGGACGGGCCAGGAGGGAGGUGCCAGGCCCCGGCACCUACGACGCUGCCAACCAAUGGGUCCGCGGCAGUCCGCACUACCGACCCGCGGGUCGCUCGCACCGUUCGCCCUCCCGCCGACCCAGCCACGCAGCCGAGCGGGUGCUGCAGCUGCUGCCGCGCCGGCGGCCCACGGCGCCCUCCGUGCCGGGGCGGGGGGAGAGCUACGGAUAUGAGGAGGAGGCGGACGGGUCGCUAGUGCUGCAGGCUCCCCCUGAGAAGUCCCACACGGGGGUGGGUCGCGACACGGUGGGGCCGGGCAAGUACGAGCUGGGCGGCGGGGGGCCCUUUGCGCGGCCCGCGGGCACCGCCUGGGCCAACAGCAGGACCAACCGGGGGCUCAAGGUCGAGUCCUACACCCCCGGUGUGGGCACCUACAACCUGGCUGACAGCGGCCCCCGCAAGCACGGCGCGGGGCUGCUGGUCACCAUCGGCGGCGUGGAGGUGGUGUUCGGGGGCUCCUCGGGCACCAGCAGCUUCGUAAGCAAGGCGCCGAGGCCGCUGCAGAGGUACCCCGCUGGCUCCCCCGGCCCCGGCGACUACGACAACCUGCCGGCCCCCACCGCCGCCUCCGCCACCUGCCCCUCCGCCGCCGCAGCGCUGCGAACCACCAGUGCGGGCUUCGGCACCACGGCGCUGCGGGGCUCAUGGGAGGUGGACCCCACCCUUGCCCGCUCGGCACCCACGUACUGGAGGAACCCCGGUCCCGGCGCGUACGAGGACCCUCGGGCCCGCUUCGGCGCCAAGCCCUCACCCGGCCUAAUCCUGGCCGUAUCGGAGGACGGAGCAGCAGCAGCAGCAGCGGGAGCGGGAGGAGCAGCGGGGGCAGCAGGUGCAGGGGGAGGAGCUGCGGCAGCGGGCAGCGGGACGGGCGGUGUGGUGGUGCAGUCCGUCACCGCGAUUGCGCCGUUCAAGACGUCCUCGCCGCGAUUUGGGUCGUCGGAUAACGCGGUGCCGGGGCCAGGCGAAUACCACCCGGACGCCGUCACCUCCCUGGAGUACGACACAUUCAAACGUGUAUCCGGAUCUCGCCCCGCCGGCGCCUUUGGCGGGUCCACGGGUCGGUUCCCCUACAGUCGCGGCGCUUCAUCGCCCGCACGACUCGCCGUACCGGGUGUGUUGGCGGUUCAAGAAGGCGAGGGGACGCCGGGUCCCGCACACUACGAGCCGCGUGCUGCGGGCGGCGGGCGUACGGUGGGUCGCGCCGGCACCUCCAACUUCGCCUCCCGCACCGGCCGCUUCCGCCCCGUCACCGCCCCGCCCGCCGUACCCGACCUGUCCGACUAUGACGGCACCAACCCGCUCAGGGGCGACCCCUCGCGGCUGGGCCCUGGGGCCUACACCCCGGAGAGACCCACGGGUCGUCCACGAUACAACCAGGCUCCCAUGAAAAUUGUACCUUUUGGCACCGACUCUCACCGAGCGAGAGUGGAACUGCCCUCCAGCUCCACCCCCGGCCCCGGCCGCUACCCCCCGGUGGACCCGCACGCCCACAAGCCCACCACCAUCCCGCCGCCCAAGGCCGGCUUCAGCGGCCAGGCCGACAGGUUCGGCGCCUCCUCCACAUUCACUCCGGGUCCGGGGGCAUACGUGCCCACGCCGACAGGCGGAUCCAUUGUACGGAAGUCCUUCAAUGUGUCAUACAAUGGCAGUACACCGGUUUGCGCAAGAUGAUGACUUGGAGGAGGAGGAGGAGGAGGAGGAGGGGCGGCGUUUUGUUGUGUGUGGCUGGUUGAGGGUUGGUGAUGAGGAGGAGGGGUAAGAUAAGGAACGCGCACGUGCGCAGACCUGGGAGGAUUGGGAAUAGCUCUGGGACAUAGCAGGAGGUUAGGGUGGACGAGGGAGCGUAAGAGGGAGGAGCGGGAGAGGAAACGGGGAAGAGAGAAACGGACGAAGUGGGAGUACUGUAUCGCACCGGGUAUAGGUAGCAGCAAUCGCAGUAGUGGUGAUGAUUCUCGUUACGGACAUGGGAGUUAGCUGGGGCGGGGGGGCUGCCGAGGGGAGUCUGCGCAGGUGACACGCUCUAGCUCACCGCGUCGUGGUGGAUGUGGGGGUGUGUGGUGGGUACGCGGCCGCCCGCACGCAGGCUUGACUCCAUGCACACAUGCAUGCACGCAGUGGUUAGGGGUGGCUGGCCUCUCGUUGUGACUGACAGUCUGACGGAGGGCGCUCUCUAUGUGAGAGAGGGCGCACUGAAGCGGAAGGGAGGGACGGCUGGGCGGACGUUCUUGGUAUCCUGUUUGAUGGCUUAUACCGGUAGGUGGGUGGCUGGGUAACAUAGGAUUGUGCAGAUGACCCGCGCCCGAUGUCAUGGACUUGAGGGGGGAGAAGUGCGUUGGCGUCAUGUCACACAAAACUGUGCUGUGAGCAGCCGUGGGGGUGUGUGUGAGGGCGGGGUUGGGUGUUACCUGACGGCAGGUGUGUUGAGGCGGCAGGUGUGGGUGCUGGUUGGAAUCGAUGCCAGUGCUUAGCAGCAGCAGCAGCAGCAGGAGCAGCGGCGCAGGUUGUGGGGAUGCGGCUGAAUGUGAGCGAUCAAUGCAAUUAUGCGAGACAUUUUGGGUCCGGGACAUUUACGCACUCUAGACUGGCUCGCUUUGGUAGCCUCCUACGCAUUUAUUGUCGGUAUGUUGUUCUUUCGCGGGAUGCAGGUUGGGGCGGGGGUGUCCGGGAUGGCAAUGCCGGUGCUAGGCCAUGGGGCAUGGCGGUGUUUACCGCAACAGCGGCCUUACCCUCCGCAAACGUGCAUGGGGGCCCAGUUGUUGACUUGGUUCCAUGGCUCUAUCGCGUGUCGAACUCUUAUCCUUGCUGGUUGGCGCGGAAUGCUUUUACCGUAAGCCCAGGCGAGAGGCGGGAAGAGAGUGGUGAUGAGGUAUGGGCCAAUGCGGUGUGUGGGGCUUCCGAUUUGGCAGUGGUUUCCGUGCAGUGCGCGUAGAUAUUGUGUAUGUAGUUAUUGACAGCUACAUCACGCAAGGCACAUAUUAUUUAGUUACUUGCUUAGGACAGCUUGACUUGGCUACCCGCGUGUUUCUAGAAACAACGAACCACGUAGCCGGUGUGACGUGCACGGGGGCGUUCCCAAGUACUGUGCCUCCAGUCGGCCUCAGCCCAGGCAACCUGCGUGUGUAUUAGGGUGCUUGUAAACUAGAGGACUGCGGCUCACGGGGUGACUUAUGUUGGGGUGGUCAGACAUCAGGACGCGGCGGGCAACUGGACGCCGAGCCGAGCGACA